AAGAGACGAGUGUUUGUAGGUACAUGUAAGGUGGAAAACACCGUAGAGAUCCCAUGAUAGAGUGGUUCAACGAACCUAGUGAAAUUGUGGAGGGCCUUGGGCCCCUAAAUCAUGUUCAAAGCGUGCUCUCAUGUUUGUACCCCUCCAAGUACCAUUUGGAGGGGUCAAACGAACAACAAGUUGACAAAAAUCUUGGGCCGUGCGUUUUCGAUGUCGACAGAACGCCACAGAAAAUUGAAAUGGGACGAAUUUGGGGGAAAUCCAGAGCUCGAUGUUUUGAUCACGACUAAUCCAGACUUCAAGAUCAACUUGUCGCAAACCAUAGGAGAUGCCCAACGAACUUUGUUUCGUGCUCAACUGGACAACACCAAUCUCGACGGGCAAGGCAUCUGUGGAAAGUCGUUGAAAUCAGUGCUUCUGGAACGACUGGAGGACAUCACCAAAGCCUUCCCAUCCAAAACAUUCUCCAAAUUGAUCCCUCAAACAAGCCCGAGGUGCCUCGAAGCUUUCGAAAGAACUCUGCCAGGCCUCAGCAGUCGGCAACUUUCUGAAUUGACAAUGUCUUCUGAUGAUGUUUUCAUCUCGUAUUUCGUGGACCACAAGGUGGAUCCGACCCAUUCCAAGUUGCAAGAAGUAACCUUGGCGAUCUUCGAAAUCACGCAUUUCGGGAAAAUCCGCCGCUAUCACGAUCAACGGGGUCAGAUUGAUAAAGAAUUGGACAAUGAUCUUUACCAAGGGGCCCAAUUAGAGCAAACCAGAGAUAAGUACAUAAGAGGCUUGGACAGACUUCGAGAAACUUCUAAUCGAAUUCCUGAUUGGGAAAAAGAAGGCGUUUUUCGUGCUAGAAAUGCCAAAUUUAGAUUUUCAAGCGAUAUCCAAGAUUGGGUUCUGACGGACUUUGUCUUUAUUCCUUUCUCCCAAUUGUCAGCUAUGGACAAGAUCAAAUGGAAAUCGAUUGUCAAUUGGAACUCAAAUAGCUCUGUAAGACGUUCUACCAUUGGAGUGAGUGGAAGUCAAUCCCAUCGAAAGAUCGAUCCCGAAAGGCUCUUGCGAUUUCAUUACGCUUUUACUCUGCUCUAUUUUGUAAUGUUCCUAGUUUUCAUUUUUCUCUUCAAUCAAUCCAUUUCCAUUUACAUCUAUGGGACCGCGGCCAACAAGUUGAAGGCAUUAGACCAAAGGUCUGAAGUAACCAAAUAGAGAAAUAAAUACAUGCUGCCAAAACCAUAA